CGCGGUUUCUCUGCGGCUGCGGACGAAGUCACCUUAAAAGGUGGCGCCCAAAGGAGGAAUUGGCCCAGACCCUGAGCUCUGAAAACCACCUUCGGGGAGCGAGGCGGAAGGGUGCGGGGCACCAGCCGAGGGCAGAGGCGCGAGAGCCGAGGUCGCCAUGAGUGGGCUCCACCGACUCUUCGGAAGGGGGAAGAAGGACAAGGGGCCAACUCCCGAAGAAGCAAUACAGAAACUGAAGGAGACAGAGAAGAUACUGAUCAAAAAACAGGAGUUUCUGGAGCAGAAGAUUCAACAGGAGCUACAGACAGCCAAGAAGCACGGGACCAAGAAUAAGAGAGCCGCCCUACAGGCUCUGCGGAGAAAGAAGAGAUUGGAACAACAGCUGGCACAAACCGAUGGGACAUUAUCCACCCUGGAGUGUCAGCGUGAGGCCAUUGAGAAUGCCACCACCAAUACAGAAGUGCUUCGUACCAUGGAGCUUGCAGCCCAAGGCAUGAAGAAAGCCUACCAGGACAUGGACACUGACAAGGUGGAUGAACUGAUGGCCGAUAUCACGGAACAGCAGGAUGUGGCCCAGCAGAUCUCAGAUGCUAUUUCUCGGCCUCUGGGUUUUGGAGAUGACAUUGAUGAGGAUGAGUUGUUGGAAGAGCUGGAGGAGCUGGAGCAGGAGGAAUUGGCCCAGGAGCUGUUAAGCGUGGGUGACGAGGAAGAAGAACCCCCUGUCCAAUUGCCUAGUGUACCUUCUAUACAUCUGCCUGCAGAGCCAGCUCCCAAAGCAGAUGAAGACGAAGAAGAACUGAAACAGUUGGCUGAGUGGGUAUCCUGAUGAGCCUGGGCUUCUCUUCCUAUGGCUCCCUGCAUUGGUCCCUUUGCCUCAAGUGCCAAGUGCUGUGGUAAAAGCAGACAGCUCUUUGAGAAGCCCUGCUAAGGUGGUAGUAUGAUUCUAUCUGAGCAAGGAGCAUGUUGCCCUACCAUCCCUGGUGGAAAUCUUAAGACUCUAGCUGCAUAAUGCGCCCCUAGGCUCCUUGUGUUUGACAGGAGUUACGGUGCCCUUGUUCCUAAUAAAAUUGGGUAGAUGGGUCA